CGCAGAGCAGCAGGAACGGCACACUCCGCUGGGUGCGCUUCUCUCUGUCAGUCACGCACUCCGGAGUUCCGUCUAAGGCAAUGGAGACGUAGCCAGUCCCAAACAGAACCUGAAAGACUGGAACUCUCAAUACCGGAAAAAAAUAUUUAUAUGCCAACUAAAUAUAAUUAAUCAGUCAUCUUCUGUAGAAGCUGAUGCAAGAUGAGCAACCAGAAUGAAUGCCACUUUGACCAGCAUAUGGACUUUUUCUACGAAAACAGAAACCAGACAGGAGACUGGGAUUCUUCACAAAUUGUCUUUGUCCAGAUCGUUGGAUCAGUCUUUUGCUGUUUUAUCCUUCUGUCUAACGCCAUGGUCAUUGCUGCUGUGAUUACUAACAAGAGGUUUCAUUAUCCAUUUUACUACCUGCUUGCCAGCCUUGCUGCCUCAGACUUUCUUGCUGGUAUAGCUUAUGUCUACCUCAUGUUCAACACAGGUGGAGUCUCUAGAAAGCUCACUAUUCCCAUGUAUUUCGUUCGCCAAGCCUUGCUGGAUACGAGCCUCUCAGCUUCCCUAGCUAACCUACUGGUUAUUGCACUGGAGCGCUACAUAUCUGUCCUGAAUUGGAAGGUGCACAGUAACCUUACGAAGCGGCGAGUCACUCUACUUAUCGUGCUGGUCUGGGCGCUCUCUAUAUUUAUGGGUGCCGUGCCCAGCCUUGGCUGGAAUUGUAUCUGUAAUCUGGACACAUGCUCCACACUCGCCCCGAUAUACAGCAGGAGUUACCUGGUAUUCUGGUCUCUGUCUAAUCUGUUGCUGUUUCUAAUUAUGGUAGCAAUCUACCUGAGGAUAUACAUUUAUGUCAAGAGAAAAACGGCGGUUCUGUCCAAACACACAAAGGGGUCUCUAAACCGCAAGAGGACGCCUAUCAAGCUCAUAAAGACUGUAAUGCUGGUGCUAGGAGCGUUUGUGGUGUGCUGGACCCCAGGGCUGGUGUUACUUCUGAUGGACGGUCUGAACUGCGAAAAGUGUAUGGUGCUGGUCUUCAAAAGGUGGUUACUCCUCUUGGCUGUGCUCAAUUCCGUCAUGAAUCCCAUCAUCUACUCCUACAAGGAUGAGGAAAUGUGGAUGACUUUCAAGAAUUUCUUGCGUUGCGUAUGCAAUGGGACCCGGAGGCAAAGGUCCUCUCGGGUUAACUCCCGGGCCCUGAGCUCCAAGGAGGAUCCGGGCAGCACUCCCUGCACCUCUGAUGACAAGGUUUCCAGUAAGGAAAUUCUCCAGGCGUGAGUUCACCCCGCAACUGGUUUACUGGGAAUAAGAAGAGAAUGUGACAUGCAGAUUGUUAGUGCGGACAAAGAGGUUCACAGUUCUGCAGGUGUUCACUGUAAUAUUUAAACCUUACAAAUCAGAUGUAAGUGUCUAAUUCAAUAUGUGUUGUUCUCGGUUUUCAGUUUAAAUGAAUAAACCAGUUAUAUAAAUUCUAUUUUGAUAUCAAAAUUUUGUACUGAAUUUUACCUUUCUUAUUGCAUUUUUUUGCAACAGUAGAUUUUGUUCUUAGAUUGAUUAAUUCAUUUUUUAUUUCAAUUGUUUUAAUGUAUUUUUGUUAAUGUAUUCUUUAGAAGAAACGUAAACUACUGUUAGGUGCCAAUGAAUCUGUAUCACUAAAUUUGAUAACUUUUAGUGCAGAAGCAAAAUCCGAGUUCAUUUAGCACCAUGGAAUACUCUGUAUCAAAAAUUGAACAUUUCAUUCAGUUAUAUUAUUACAUUAAUGCUUUUUUAAUCUUUUGAUAUCAGAAUGCACUUUUUACUGUAAAUAGAUAAAUAAUUGCUAGAUGACACUGUUAUCCAAAUGACUGCCAUGGUCAUUUGUAUGGACUGACAUGUUUCAGAAGGCUAGGUUAUUGAAUACACAAACAAUAACUUUAACAAUACUGUCAACAGUCAAGAGUGGAGCCACCCAGUGCUGCAUUAGAUUCUCACUAAAGUGUCACAAGAGGUCCCUCAUGUAUGAUUCAUGGGUAAGGAGAACAUGGGAAGACUAUGCCCUGACUGCAACUUAAAUACAUACGGAGAAUUUUCUUAUUUUACCCUCCUCUUCCUGCAGCAGUUUUUCAGUGUCUUCUUCAUUGUAGCCUUUAAGGCUAACUAAUAACUAAUAACUAAUAACUAAUGGAAGGAUAGCAAUAAGAAGUACCACCUAAGAUUAAUCUGGUCAUUUUGAUAAAGGUGCAGAGACAACGGGUGAUCCGAUUAGCGCCGAUUUCGCAGCUGGUGAGCAGGUCCAGGGCGUGUUCCUAAGUGCUUCUGGAUCCCUUUUGGUGAGGGGGGGGGGGUGGGAUUUUAUCACACUUCUCUCUGCUGGCUAUAGCACUGCGAUGCUGAGCGAAUUCUACGUCUUGUAUUGAAUCCGGCAUUACCUGCUGUGAAAAGAAGUGGAUGGCAGAGGAUAGCGAGCUGCAGAGUCUCAGAGAAGAAAAAUAGAAGUCGGGGGGCUUUUAUUUCUUCAGUCUAAAUUCCAUAUUACUUUUCACUAUAUUAUUGUAUUUUUCUUAAUUUAUCAGCAUUCCGUAAUUGUAUGUUAUGACAUCAUGCAGAUACUGUAGACAUCAAUUACCUACUACACUGCAAGGAUGGGAAGCCAAAGUUGAUAGGUAUAUAUAUUUGUGAAUAUUCCUAAUAUAAUUGUUUGGUUAUAUAAAUUUGAAACACGUAAAGGUAAAUAUAUACAUAAUAAAGUGGACCUGUUGUCAUGGUUUAGCGAAGGCAUGUGCGUUUGUCACUGUAAGCGCAUGUGCUUGACAAGAUGUUACAAAUAUAUGAGGUUGGAUCUUAUGUGUAAUUGUGAUAUUUAUCUUUGCAAGACUUUGCAGUUUCUGAUUCUUACUGAGCUUUUUCUACAACUAAGGCUGUGAAAUGUAUGAUUCUGCCCUCCAGAAUAACAGUGGUUCUGCUGGAAAUAUUACUGUUAAUGACAGAAAUUUAAUGGCUGUAUUUCCCUUGGCUAAAACUAUGUAAUUAUGAAAUUUCAAUGCCAGUGAAUAAUGUCUCAGUGGAUAAUAUUGUCAUAAUAAUAAUAUUUUCAUGUG